AUGUAUGGAGGCUGCAACACUAGCAGAAGUUUCCAUAACUUUGGUCGAACCCAUAGGAUUUCUUCCGCCAGGCAUUGGGGAGAUGGACUCCAUGAGACUUCUAUUAACAAGCACCUCUUAGAACCUCUCCAUCUGGGGAUUGACCCGCAUGACCAACAGAGGAAAGCGCGUGAGAAGGAGCAGAUGAAGGACCUCAACAAUCAGUUUGCCGGCUUCAUUGACAAGGUCAGAGUUUUAGAGCAAAGGAAUCAGAUGCUGGCCACCAAGUGGGAGCUGCUGCAAAGCCAUAAGCUUCCAUUGGCGCAGAAAGAUCUCCGGCCUCUCUGUGAAAGCUUCAUCAGCAGCCUGGAGAAAAAGCUCGACUGCCUGCUGUGUGAGAAGAGCAGACUGGAAAGCCAACAUGAAACCAUGAAGAACCUGAUCGAGGACAGCCGGGAAAAAUACGAAGAUGAAGUCAACAGACGAACCCAGGCAGAGAAUGACUUUGUCUUGCUCAAGAAGGAAGUUGAUGAUGCAUUUGAACACCAGAAGGAACUGGAAAUGAAGAAGGAAUUGCUGAGUGAACAAAUACACUUCUUGAGAAACUUCUUUGUGCAGGAGCUCGCCGUGUUGGAUCAGCAACACUGUGACAUAUCUGUGCUUGUCAACAUGGACAACAGCAGAGGCUUCAACAUGGAUGCUCUCAUCCAGAAUGUGGAAAGCUGGUAUCAGACUGUGGCACGAAGAAGCAAGGAAGAAAUUAACCUCUUCUACAAGAACCAGAUGAAUGAUCUCCAGCAGAAACAGGGCCACUUCCAUGAGGACUUGAAGCACAACCAAAGGGAGAUUGCAGAGCUGAACCGACAGAUCCAGAUGGUGCAAUGCCAAGCAGAAAGGGAGAAGAAAAAGGUCUCUUCCCUGCAGGCGUCCAUUGCUGGUGUGGAAGAACACGGGAGCCGGGCUUUGAAAGAUGCCCGGGCUAGGCAGAGGGAGCUUCAAAACCAGCUGCAGAGUCACAAGAACAAUCUGGCCUCCCUCUUACGGAAUUACCAGGACCUCCUGAAUAACAAGAUGGCCCUUGAUAUCGAGAUUACUGCCUACAGGACACUGCUGGAGGGAGAGGAGCAGAGAAUAUGUGCAGGAGCUCCUGUGAGUCUUGGUAAGGAAUCUGAGGAUUUCUUUUAUUUUCUCUCCUAG